AUGAGCCAGAUGUCAGCUAUCGCGUCGUCGCAAGUCAGACAGUCGUCUGGUCCGGUAGUAAGAUGGUCAGACCAGCAGACACUCUUCUUCCUCUCCCUGCUCCUCGAAGCCCGGCGGCAACACCUAUUAGAAUCAACAAAAACAAAAUACCUGCGAGAAGGCCUUCAAACCCUCAUUCCACGCAUGGUUCAGCGCUUUCCAGGGCGUCCCUGGGAGAUUAGAACGCUUGAAAAUAAGUACCAAUAUUUGAAGAAGUACUGGAGGGUGUUUGCAGCUGCCGAGAAAAUAUCAGGAACCUCAUACGAUCCGGCGACGGGGAAGCUUUCAAUGAGCGAGCAGAAUGAAGGACUUGUUACCCAACGGUAUGGCGCGAUGGGGCGUCGAGUUGUAUCGAUCGGUCUUCUUGUUGGCGACGGGAUAACUUUCGAGUCGUGGCUUGAAGUCUUUUCGAACGACCUGCCUGCCGGCGAGAACAUUGUGGAAGCAGGCGACGAGGCUGCCUUUGCCAGAGACAGCCAAAACGCGGUCCUAGAAAAUACUGUCAGUCAAGAUGCUAUAGUGGAAGAGGAGGUUUUGACUCAGUCUGUUGCCGUCACCGACGACGGCGAGGAUGAUAUCACGGCAGCACCAGAAAGCAGCGAUGACGAUGAUGCCGCUGGUCAGUCUUUUAUAUCGCCAUCUCCGCCAGCGCUGCUGCCAGCAGCUCGGUCGUCUUCAUCGCGGCCAACGCUUUCAUCGCAGCCGUCUUCAUCGCGGCCAACGCCUUCAACGCCGCGGGCGGCAUCUGCUAGGCCAUCGCAACGAUCGUCAAUAACGCCGUCGGCAGCGUUCAGGGCAAAUAGUCUUGCAGCUAGGAAGAAGAAGGCGGCAAGGUCAGAUGGGAUAUCUCAAAGCUUCCGUGAGCUCACUUCUGCGCUCAUAGCACGUGACUCGCAGCCGCAGCAGCAGCAGGAGCACUAUGUCACCCAUAAUCAACGCACUGUUGGGGCAGAAGACUUUGAAAAGGCAAUCAGGGAUUGCUUUGCAUUUGCAGAAGGACGAGGGAUGCUAUUUGCAAGCCGUUUAGUGCAAUGGAUUCGUCAAGAUCCGCUGAAUCCAUUAAUAUGGAAUUCAAUGCCAUCUGAUGAGGCAAAGGAGGCAUGGGUGGCGAUCAACUUUCCACCUAAUUCUUGAUGUUUUGAUAUUAGA